UUUCUCCUGUCUCUCUUGUAUAAAUACAAACACUCUCUAGUUUGCAACAAAGCUAGAUCAACUGACGUCUCCUCUCCUCUCAUCACGUCCGAACAUGGCGACGACGAUCGGAAACCUCCCGUCCGUAGAAGAAGCACGAAUCUCGAGGGAAGAUUUCCCUCCCAACUUCGUCUUCGGCGUCGCUACAGCCGCUUAUCAGGUUGAAGGAGCUAGAAACGAGGGAGGGAGAGGUGAUAGCAUUUGGGAUGUUUUUACACAAACACCAGGUAAGAUCAAGGAUGGAAGCAAUGGAGAUAUUGCAGUUGAUCAGUAUCAUCGUUACAAGGAGGAUGUGGACCUUAUUGCCAAGCUGGGAUUUGGAGCUUAUCGUUUUUCCAUAUCUUGGUCUCGUAUUUUCCCUGAUGGGAUGGGAACAAAAAUUAACGAGGAAGGGAUUGCAUACUACAACAACCUCAUUGACACUCUACUGGAAAAAGGAAUACAACCAUAUGUGACAUUAUACCAUUGGGAUCUUCCUUCUCAUCUUCACGAGUCUGAAGGAGGAUGGUUGACUGAGAAAAUUGUAAAAUACUUUGCAACCUAUGCAGAAGCUUGCUUUGCAAAUUUUGGGGAUAGGGUGAAACACUGGAUCACACUCAAUGAACCUCUUCAAACUGCAGUGAAUGGUUACUGUGUUGGGAUAUUCGCUCCUGGAAGAAAUGAAAAUUCUUUGAUUGAACCAUAUCUGGCUGCACAUUACCAGCUCUUGGCUCAUGCAGCUGCUGUUGCUGUGUACAGAGAGAAAUUUAAGGCCAAGCAAGGUGGUCAAAUAGGCAUAUCAGUUGAUUGUGAAUGGGCAGAAGCUUUUUCAGAUGCAAUGCAUGAUAAAGUUGCUGCCGCAAGACGCAUUGAAUUUCAACUUGGCUGGUUCUUGGAUCCAAUAUACUUCGGAGACUACCCAGCAAGCAUGCGUGAAAGAGUUGCUGAUCAGCUACCAAAGUUCUCAGAGGAAGAUAAGAAAUCCUUGCAGAAUUCUACUGACUUUGUGGGCCUUAAUCACUAUACCUCCAGGCUUAUUGCUCAUGCACCUAGGAAGUCUGAAGAGAAUGGUUACUACCAAGUACAAGAGAUGGAGAGAAUAGUUGAAUUGCCAGGGGGUGGCUUAAUUGGUGAGAAGGCUGCGUCGGAAUGGCUUUAUAUAGUUCCUUGGGGUAUUCGGAAGAUUCUCAAUUACAUAGCUGAAAGAUAUGGCAAUCCACCAAUAUAUGUUACUGAGAACGGCAUGGAUGAAGAAGACUCUGAAACAUCAUCAGUCCCUGAGGCGUUGGAUGAUAAGAAGAGAGUUGAUUAUUAUAAGGGAUAUCUAGCUGCAGUUGCUCAAUCAAUCAGGGAUGGAACCGACAUUCGGGGGUACUUUGCAUGGUCCUUGCUGGACAACUUUGAAUGGGCACAAGGUUAUACAAAGCGUUUUGGGAUAGUGUACGUGGACUACAAGAAUGGGCUCUCAAGGCACCCAAAAUCGUCGGCCAUCUGGUUUUCCCGUUUCUUGAAGGGCAAUGAGGGAAAGAAUGGGAAGGAAGACUGACAUCCCAUUUACAAGAAAAAACACUCUUAUUUAUACUUAUUUUUUUUCAGAAGAACAUUUGUACGGGCAAGCUAGUCAAGCUUGCUGUUCCUUUCAUCUUCUCUGUUGUUGUGAGCAAGCACUACUGCUAUGGAACAUUGGGACCAGAUUCUGCUUGGUCUUGAACCAUUAAGUCCGUCCCUACGUUAAAGCAUGCACAGCUGUUAGGCAUUUGUAUUUACUCUUGAUCAUAUCAUUUUGUCUAGAGGCUGGAUCUGGUCUGUUCAGGACAAUUAAUUAAAUGGUUGGUGAUCACUGAUUAGAUUGGUGGAUGUGUUGAUCAAUAUGAACCGUCCAACUGACAGGCGGCCUCAAGGAUGAGUAAUGGAUGAAUUGCCGCUGUUGGCUGUUUCAUAC